AUGGAGGAGGAGGAGGAGGAGGUGGCUGUUGUGUCCAAGCUGAGGAGGCAGCUGGAGGAUGAAAACCUGAGCCUGGAGCUGAAGCUCGGCCUUUUGAACAGCGCUUUAAAUGAGGCUUUAAACUCUGCGGCGGUGCAGACCAACGACAGUACUUUGGCUCAUGUCAAAUGUCAGCUGUAUCACAGCGGCGUCCUCUCCCACUGCGUCGGCACACUCUCUCUGCCUCCCACAAUGCUGCGGGGCAACUGGAGCUCUGCUGCCACACUGGCACAGCUCACCAGCUCCUGCUGUGUCGGAGUGGAACCACACAGAAACUCAGAGGCUUUUUAUCAGCUCUUCCUGCCGUCAGUUGUAGACGGGAUUUUGUCAUUGGCCGAUCGGCUGAUGAGAAGAACAGAGUGUGUGCCUCUCCUCAUGAAGGUGAUGGACUCUCUGGGCUGGCUGCUCUCCGCCCAUCCUCAGCUCACCUCGCAGGUUCUCAGCUCCGUCCCCUACGGGCAGAUCCAGAUGUGUGACGACGCCGCAGUGUCCCUGCUCUGUGUCCAGAUGUGGACUCAGACGUGCAGCGCCAACAGAAACUUUCUCUCGGCUUUAAGCAGCGACUCCGUUCUGCUGCUCCUCAACGAAGCCGUCGGCCAACUGGCCAUCAGUGCUGACCCGGCGGUGGGCGGAGCUUCUGUCAAACUGAUCCUCCUCAUGUCCAGUCAGCUGGAGCACCGUCUGCUGCCCCUCCUUCUCACCUUCAGAGGUCUCGACAGCUUAUUGGACAAAGACUGGAGGGGGCGGGGCUUCGAGCAGGACGUGGAUCAGCUGAUCGCUCUCAUCCAAUCAGAGAAAGAUGCAGCGAGUCACUCCGAGCCGAGCUCAGCUGAGCUAGAGCGAGCGGCGUGCGUGAUCCAGGCGGCGUGGCGCUCCCAUCAGACGCGCCGCCGAGUCAAGAGUCUGAGCAGGGCGGUGAGCUCGCUGCAGAGGAGAUACAGGGCCCGCAGGAGGCGGCAGCGGCAGCAGGAGGAGCAGCAGCAGUGGGAGGAGGAGCUCAGGUAUCAGGUGUGUGUGAGGCGUCAGCAGGCGAGGAGGCAGUUCCACCAGAAACACAGAGAACUGCUGCAGCGGCUUCCUGCUGAUCAGGUGCAGCCGUAUCUGCAGGAGUGUGAGCGGAGAGCCGCCGUCCUCAUCCAGAGCUUCUGGAGAGGCUGCAGAGAGCGGCGUCGCUAUGACGACGCACAGCGACGUACCCUGAGGCUCGCACAGACGCAGCAGCAGGCAGCACACACACUGCAGAGAGCGGUGCGUCGUUUCCUCCAGAAGCGGCGAGCAGCCAAGGCCCCGCCCCUCCCCGGCUUCUGGAUUGGUCAGGAAGGUUUGACGGACGGCCGGAGGGUGGAGCUGAAGCGGCAGGUGGAGGAGUACGUCGCCGCACAUCCCUCGACCCGUGUGUCUACGGAGGAGUGUGUGCGUCUCCAUGAGGAGGUGCAGCUGCUCCUGUUGAAGGAGCUGCAGAGAGGGGAGGAGCAUCGGAGGGAGGAGCAGAGGAGGGCGGCACUGCUGGCUCACACACACACACAGCUGGAGAAACUGACAGAUGCCCCGCCGCUCUCGGUCGUCACGGUGACAGAGGCCGACUCGUUCCUCAGCCCAUCGGGCCACGUCGCCGCUCGCGCCCGGGACGCUCACAACAGGGUGAUGCAGGCGAGCCGGCUGCCGUGGUGGAGGAUGCUGGGAGAAACGGAUCCCGAAGGGGAAAUAUUUGGCUCCGACCCCCUGGAGAUGCUGGAGGCGGAGCUUGGAGGGCUGUAUGUGGGGGGCGGGGCCUGGACUGACUGACGCUGAUAUUAUUCUGAAUACUGUAAAAGUGAA